CAGAAAGCUUAAUGUAAUCAAAACUGCACUUUGUUUUCAAAUUGCACCUAAAUUUCAAUGCCAAAGCAACCCAGCACACCCUACGACACCUGGCAUGCGGCAAAGAAGCACGAGAAGUCUCGGACAUAUCCUUUUCAUAAUUCCAAAGAUGACAUCAGAAGUAAUACGUUAAUAACUGAUUAUCAACCUGAAGAUGUAGCGAGACAGAUCACAUUGCGUGAUGCCGAAGCUUUUCGUCAGAUUACGGAAUCGGAACUUCGGGAUUAUGGCAAAAGCAAGAAGAACUCAGUGGGAAUCAAAGCGUGUUCGAGCAGAUUUAAUCAGACAAUGUUUUGGACGAGAGCUGAAGUGUUGUCGAGCAACGACUGUAAGCGUAGAGGAUAUCUGCUGUCGUUUUUCAUCAAAGUUUCCAAGUAUCUUUACGCACAUGCUAACUUCCAAGGCUUCUCAGCAGUCGUCACAGCUCUCAGCAGCUCACCUAUCAGUAGGCUGAAACGAUCUUGGGAGCAUGUAGACAAAAAAGAUCGAGUCAAAUUUGAAAAGUUCGCACAAUGUGUCAACCCUGAAUCGAACUACUCCAAUUUACGGAAUCUACUCCCCCCUGCAGCUCAUGGAAACAACACUUCGCAGCCUGUCGUACCUUUUCUAGGCAUGUUUCUUCUGGAGUUGGACUAUCUGCAGUCUGUCGACCAGAUGAAAUCAAGAGACCAUCGCAAUGGAAGGACUCCAUCUUCUGGAACAAAAUCUGAUGGAAGAGUUCCAAAUUCAGACAAUCAGUCUUCGUCUACUCCGAAUGGAGAUGAAAAAUUGUGCAAUAUUGUCAAUAUCCUCAUGAAUUAUCACCGCCACGCACUCUAUGAUUUUGAGCAAAACCCGCAGAUUCUGAACUCAAUCAAAUCCAACACCUGUCUGGAGGAACUGGUCAAGAUAUGCGAAGCAGACCAGUAUAAGAGAUCCCUGGAACUAGAACCUACAUCAUUAUUCACUUCAUCGCCGUCUGGGAAAACUUCGUGCAAUCAACCCCCUCGUCCCCAGACUCCAAACGGUACAUCAAACUCAUACUGUUCUAUGCACCCCCCGCCUACCUCUACAAAUUCAGCCCACACGAGCAACUCAAAUUAUCAUUCGCGAAAUGGCGUGUCAGGUUCAAUUCAGUUUGGACUGGUGGGCAGUUCGAACGGGGGCAAAGAAAAGGUGGUUGGACUGCCGCCCUCAGGCAGAGGUCACAGGAAGAGCAAAAGUGUGGGAGGGGCCUUGCCAGUUUCAUGCAUGUCUUUUUAUUCCUGUGUGAACAAGACAUCUAAUUACAACAGCACUGCUUACGGUCUUUCGUCUUCCAAUCCAUUCGACGAUGAACCUUCACAUCGAGUUGGUUUUGACAACCCUCUGCCAGUCGAAACCCCCCCAGGUGUCGCGUCGGGGGGUUUCUCCGGCGGUCGGGGCUCAUUAGGAAGUGCUGGCGGCAUGAACAAACUGACAUCUGUAGUGAAAACACUUACACCUCUUUUUGCAUCACCAAUACCACCUUCCAGUGCGAAUCCGAACACUUCGGCUAGAAGUCAUCACAGAAAGAAGCGAUCUGGAUCUUUAUCGGACGAUCAUUUGCUUCUCAACUCCACAGAUAUCAACGACAAUGAAGUUACUCGGACUAGCACAACACGAAAGGAACACGAAAGUGACGCAGAAGAUACACGCGAGAGCAUUGAAGACCUGUUUUAUGAUGCAAGAAGACGGAAGAUGGCGGGAGUUGUAGCGGGCAACCCGGCCGAGACUCUAGACUUCUCUUCCACCUACUUCUCAUCCGACUCAAAAGAAGCCGAAUUGUCUCUCAACAGUAAUAUAGAACUUCUGAGAUUGCGUCCGUCCUCUUUGUUCUCAGAUGAAGACGUGAAGGAAGGGGAGAAGUUUUCGGGAUCCCUGAAGAAAAAACUAAUUCUGAACAAGGGCAAACGCAACCGGUUGGGCUACUGGAAGAAGUGUUGGGUUAGCCUAAAUGACGAAGGAGUGUUGUCCUUCUAUUCGCACAAGACCAUCCAUGUGCCAGGGGGUAAAGAGUCGGACCGCUAUCACAAACACCCCACUAAGAGGAUAGAUCUGUCCACAGAUGGAUGGUAUGUACUUAGACAUGGCGCCAAGAGCUUCAUCCUCACGUCAGACUCUCUUGGCAAGACUUAUCGAUUUGAAGCCGGCGAGCACGUGGACAAAUGGACGGUAGAGUUAGACGCUUGUACGGAUCUGAUCAAACUCCAUGACUCAUCAAACUCUUCAUUCACGCUUCCGCUCUUCUCGUCACACGCGUCAGAAUCCGACAGACGAAAUACACUGCCGCCCCAGAGAAAGAUCACGACUAGUAGUAGUAGCAGCUACACCUCGACACUGGAGCGACGUAUUGGCUCCCAGGAAACAACUGCCGAUGACAAGUUGUUGUCGUUGUUCUUGGAUCCGAGAGAGGACGAGAAUCGAGGAUCGGACUCAAGCGGUGCAAGCAUCUCGGCUUUAAAAACUUGUCAGAGGCGAAAUACCACUGACACAUGUUUACUCAAGGGAUAAUAUCAACAAUGGGCUCUUUUUCCUCGGCCCUCCUUUUUUAUUUAAGAAAAAAAACAUUUUGAUGCUGUAACUAGUGUUUUUUUUCAAGGUUGUAUGUAGAGA